CGAAAUUUUUUGAGUUGAUGGUGGCGUCAGUUUGAGAAACUUCCAUAAUAAAAAUACAAAUUAAGAUUAUUGAAUAAGUAAAUCAGCAUGUCGGACUAUGCGAAUGUGCGAUCGACCAUUCUAUGUGUGACUGGUGAACAUGCGGACCAAUUAAAUAGCAAAUGGCAAAACAUGUUUGAUACCGACUAUUGCCAGGAACUAAUGCAGAGACUUGAAGAGCGCGUGCGUUCUUUUUACACAGACCUAAUAACAGAAUCUGACCAAAUGGAGGAUAAAAUAAAAGACGACAUAAAAGCUCUGCGAGUCGAGGCAGCAGAUGUAACGCGUCUGCUGCAUAAGAAUGUGGAUAUUGGAAAUAAGCCAGAUGAUAUGCCACUAGUUGUGUGGCAGGAGAAGUUAGACAGAAGUAUACAGCAUUUGCGAGAUGAGCUGCGCAUGCGUCGUGAUGAAAUCUGCGAGCUACUGCUGCAGCAGGAAUUGCUGUGCGAAGAGCUAGGCGAGUCGCCGUUGCCGCUGCUGGCCGAUCCUUUGCCAAAGCCACACGAAAUGUCCGCGUUUCGUGAUCAUCUGGAACGGCUGCGGGCCAAGCGAACACGUUGCAUGGAUGAAAUGUUUCAGCUACGUAGCCAGAUAAAGCAGGACAUGAAACAGCUUGAGCUAGUACCUCAAUCGGACGCGGAUGAGCAACUACUAAGCCAGGCAAACCUCAAUCUGUCGCCCGAUGUAUUGAUAAAGCUGCGACUGUUGCAGGAGGACUUUGCUGCUCAAGUGGUGAUGCUGCACGAGCGCAUAGACGACAUGCGCGAGAAGAUUAAAGUGCUGUGGCAGCGGCUGGAGUAUACGGAUGAGUUCGCAAUGCGACAAGUAAACGAGGCGACUUCGUAUACGCAGCGCACGUACGAUGUGCUAAAUGUGGAGCUACAGCACUGUCAGCAGCUGCGGCGUCGGAACUUAAAAGGAUUCAUCGAGCAACUGAGGCUGGAGAUUAAGAAGUGGUGGGAUUUGACACUGAAAUCGCAGCAGGAGCGCAAGCGUUUCUCCAAUUAUUAUAAUGAUUGGUACAAUGAGGAUCUGUUGGAGCUGCAUGAGCUGGAGCUGGACGACUUGAAGACAUUUUACAAUAGUAAUAAGGACAUUUUCGAACUAUUUGCGAAUCGCGCUGAAGUGUGGGAACGUAUGGUAGCGCUGGAGGCGAAGGCAAAUGAUCCGAACAGAUUUAACAAUCGUGGUGGCCAGCUGCUUAAGGAGGAGCGCGAGCGUAAGACAAUAAUGAGCAAGCUGCCAAAGAUUGAGCAGCAAAUAAAAGAGUUAGUAUUAACGUAUGAGAAACGCACGAAAUGUCCAUUUCUGGUGCACGGCGAGAGCAUACUGCAGUACAUGGAGAAUGAAUGGGAGAGUCUGCGUAAAGCCAAGGAGCAGCAGAGCUCGGCCAGAAAAAAUGCAGGCACCAGCAAAAUGAUGCCGCCGCCUGCCGCUGGGACGACAGCUCCACGCACACCCAUGGCGCUGAAAAAUAUGUCCGCUAUGUCCAGCUCAACGAUGUCGUUGAGAAAAACGCCAUCCAAUUGGCAGCUGUCCUCAUUGACGGGCUCGGCAGCAAAGACCACAGGUAAUCUGCACAAGCGAAAGCUGCCACAUGACGCCAAUAAUGAUAAAACACAGACGCCGAAUGCGAAGCGCAGCUUAAAGCAGACACUGGAUGCAAUGAAGGCUUCGCCAGCAAUCCGUAAACCGAUGCAGCGUCUGGCGGUGCCGCAACAUAAGUCAACAAAGUCACCAAUGCGGAAGGUGCUCGUGCUGGAGGAAACUUUGCGCCGCCGCUCAGGCAGACACAGCAUGGGUAAACAGCAGGCCACAGGGCGAACGACAAAUCACAAGGUACAGGCGAAGCGAAAGCUAAGGGAUGAGCACGAUGACUACACAACAGAUGAGAAUGAGAUGGACAAUUAUGAGCACUUUGCUCCACCGGCACGCUCGUCCGAGGUGCCGCGAAUGCAGCGCCCAGUAGCCAAGUUGGCAGCCAAAUCAAAGGUGCAGUCACAGCCACAGCCCACCCCAGAGGAUAUCCAGCCGCAUUUGCCCAGACCGCGUCGUAGCAAAUUGAUUGUGCAGCCGAAUCGCCACAAAUGAAAUUAAUUAAAUUUACUUAAUGUAUUUGUUUUUAAGUUUAAUA